AUGCAUCUCAUCCUUACUGGUGCCACCGGCCUGGUCGGCUCGUCUGUCCUUGAUGCGAUGCUCAAAAACACCACCAUCUCCAAGAUCUCAAUUCUCAGUCGCCGGCCGGUGCCAAUGGCCGAUGACUCAAAGGAUCCUCGUGUUCGCGUCAUCAUGCAUAAAGACUUCGAAUCAUACAAGCCAGAACUUCUGGAUCAACUAAAAGAUGCCGAUGGAUGUGUGUGGGCCCUUGGGACUAGCCAAGUUAACGUCACACCAGAACAAUAUGUCAAGAUAACCAAGGACUACGCUCUUGCUGCUGCCGAAGCAUUCUCUACCCUCAAGCCCACAAAGUCUGAUUCUCCUUUCCGCUUUGUCCAUGUAUCCGGCGAGGGUGCUACUCAAACCCCGGGAAGAUUCUCCGCGAUAUUUGCUAGGGUCAAGGGUGAAACUGAACAACUUCUCGGCGAAUUGUCAGAGAACCACGAGGGACUCAUCCAGGUCGACAGCGUAAGACCGGCUUUCGUUGAUUCGGCAGCACACGAUGCUAUCCAGUCGUAUAUUCCCUCUGCUACUGGAUUUAGCGCGACUGCUGCCAAGGCCGGGGUUGCUUUAAUUGCUCCAGGUAUUCGCUGCUUGUGGAAGUCGAUGCAUUCGCCAACCGAUAAGUUGGGACCAUUUUUGACUGAUGUGGCUAUGGGAAAAAUGGAUACGAAAAUUCAAGGCCCCGGUGCAUUUAGACUUGGGGGUGGUUGGGUGAUUGAGAAUGUUGGUAUGCGGAGAAUGCUGGGACUGUGA